UCCGUAGGUCCAUGUGUAGUGGAGAGCCGGGAAUUUGGAAGCGUACAGUGUGGAUCCUAGGACCCGUGGACAGGUUGGUCCCGAUCCACAAACAGAGCUGCUGUGACCUCGAGGACUUUAGAGGGCGCAGCUGCAUCUCGACCCACCCAAGCUGAGCCCCAUGGAGUCUACGUUCAGCAGCUCCGCGGAGGCAGCCCUGCAACGGGAGGCGGGCGUUCCAGGACAGUUCACUCCUCCUGAAGACCUGGACCGAGUGUACGAGCUGGAGCGAGUCACGAAAUUUGUCUGCGAUUUAGGAUGUCAGCGGGUGGCCUUGCAGUUCCCUGACCAGUUACUAGGAGAUGCUGGAGCCGUGGCUGCCCAGCUGGAGGAAGUCACAGGAUCCAAGAUGUUCAUUUUAGGGGACACAGCUUAUGGCAGCUGCUGUGUGGAUGUGCUGGGUGCUGAGCAGGCUGGAGCUCAAGCCCUUGUACACUUUGGUCCUGCCUGCUUAAGCCCCCCAGCCUCGAAGCUGCCCAUCACCUUUGUUCUUGGUCAGCAUCCUGUUGCUUUAGAGCUCUGUGCAAAGGCCUUUGAAGCCCAGAACCCAGAUCCCACAGCCCCGGUAGUACUGCUGAGUGAGCCAGCCUGUGCCCAUGCCCUAGAGCCUUUGGCCACUCUCCUGCGCCCAAAGUACCAAGAUCUUCUCAUCUCCAGCCCAGCUCUUCCCCUGCCAGUGGGAUCCCCAAGCUCACAGCCUGAGUCACUGGAGCGUUUUGGGCGCCGCUUCCCCCUGAACCCAGGGAGACGUCUGGAAGAAUAUGGUGCCUUCUAUGUGGGGGCUUCUCAAGCAAGCUCUGACUCCAACCUUGAUCCAGAUCUGAGCAGAUUGCUCUUGGGAUGGGCACCAGGACAGCCCUUCUUUUCCUAUUGUCCAAACACAGGACAGACACAAGACCAGGGUACCAAGGCUGGGAGACUAAGAGCACGAAGACUGUAUCUCAUAGAGAGGGCCAGAGAUGCCCGUGUGGUAGGGCUGCUGGUGGGCACAUUAGGUGUAGCUCGACACCGUGAGGCACUGGCACACUUGCGGAAACUGACUGAAGCUGCUGGAAAACGUAGCUAUGUGUUAGCCCUGGGGAAGCCCACGCCCGCCAAGCUUGCCAAUUUCCCUGAGAUGGACGUCUUUGUGCUGUUAGCAUGUCCUCUGGGAGCACUAGCCCCCCAGCCUUCAGGUGGCUUCUUUCGGCCUGUAUUGACACCAUGUGAAUUGGAGGCCGCCUGCAACCCUGCCUGGCCCCCUCCUGGCCUGGCUCCCCACCUCACACAUUAUGCAGAGCUGUUGCCUGGUUCUCCCUUCCAUGUGCCGCUCCCACCACCUGAGUCAGAGUUGUGGGACACCCCAGAUGUGUCACUCAUUUCUGGGGAUCUCCGACCACCACCUCCUUGGAAGUCAUCAGAUGACACUAGAUGUUCUGCUCUAACUCCAAGGCCCCAGCUGGAGCUGGCUGAGAGCAGCCCUGCAGCUUCAUUCCUUAGCUCCCGGAGCUGGCAGGGGCUGGAGCCCCGCUUGGGCCAGACACCAGUGAAAGAAGCUGUCAGAGGAAGACGAGGUAUCGCCAUUGCCUAUGAGGAAGAGGGGAGCAGCUGAUACCUUGUGAAGCCAGAGUCGUAGAACAAGAAGUCUGCCUGGACCCGUUCUCCCUCAACCAACUUCUCAUCCUCUCUCAGGAACACUUGAUGCCUAGACAGAGGGAGUGUAGGUAGCUCCUCCCUGAGGAGUGCCUGAUUGACUGGUGGGGGUGGGGGUGUGCGCAGGGAGGGGUUCCAGGGCUGAUCCCAGUUCCUGGUAUACAGUAGUUCUGCAGCCCUUGGUCAGGGCCAGGAGUGGGAUGAUCCAGGGUUAGGGGUUCUUCCACCUCAGCACUGUUGACAAUUCGGGCAGAGGAAUUCUUUACUGCAGAGGCUAUUCUAUAUAGAGGUGGUUUAGGUUCAGCUGACAGAAGCGCCUCCCUUCUUCACCCACUGAGCUAGGAUAACCCCAGAUUAUCUCUAGAUGUUGGCAGAUGUCAUGUAACUGUUCCUAAUUGAGAACUGCUGGACUAGACCUGCACUGUCUUAGACAGUAUUCAUUGGACACAUGGCUUUUGCCAUUUAAAGUGGAUGAAAAACUGUUUCUCAGUUACACUAGUUACAUUUCAAGCACUCACAUGGCUGCUUGUGGGACUUUAGAGGAUAGUUCCACCAUGGCACAAAGUUCUAUUGGACAGUGCUGGGCUACAUUGACUCAAACUUGUUUCUUGGGGACAAAGAAACUGAAAUAAAUGGAAUACUUUUUC